CUCCUGACACCCACAUCAAAGGAAAGAAGAGGGAGACAAGGGGAAGACUUGGAAAAGGUAGAAGACGAGGAACACAGGACUUCACAGCGGAGGACACGCAGCGCCUCCUCAGAAAAGAGUUAAAGCGUCUUGAUUAGCAGGUGUGAGCAGCCAUGGGAGGUGGGCGCGGGAGGGGCAGCGGGCCGUGUGGGGUGUGUCAUGUGUCCUCCACCAUGACCUGCGGCGGGUGUGGGGAGAUGCAUUACUGCGGCAGGGACCACCAGAAGCGACACUGGGCCCAGCACCGCGCCACUUGCAAGCCCUUCAAGAUGGUGACGCAUCCAGACCUUGGGAGGUACAUGGUGACGACGCGGCGUCUCAAGGCUGGCGAAAAUGUGCUGGUGGACCAGCCUCUGGCAUUCGGGCCCCUGCCUUACUUUGCGGCGGUGUGCCUCGGGUGCCACAGACUCCUUCCCGAGGAGCUGUUCCGCUGCCCUGGCUGCUGGUGGCCGCUGUGCUCCCAGGAGUGUGCUACCUCCAAGCUUCACGAACGGGAGUGCCCGAUCCUUGCCAAAGACACCGAGCAUGUCGCGGUGCCACAAAACAACGAGGAAACGAUGCGCUAUGACAUCAUCAUGGUGCUGCGCGUCUUGAUGCUGCGCGAGUCCAACCCCGAGGGGUGGGGCGUGGUGAUGAACAUGGAGCACCACAGCGAGGAGCGCGCCAAGGAGACCAAGGUGGACCUGGAGAUCAAUAUUCAUGUACUCAGGAACAUCUUGGGCCUCAACUGUGCAGAGAAAGAGGUGGAGCAGGUCAGAGGCGCCAUCGCCACUAACGCCAUGCAGAUGACGAGCCCCUACGGCGUGCCCCUGCGCGCUCUGCAUCCCAGGGUUCACUUUUUCAACCACUCCUGCACUCCAAACUUGCAACUCUCCUUCACGACCGAAGGCGAGAUGUACGUCAGGACAGCCGUGGCACUGGAGCCCGGAGAGCCUAUGUACGUCACCUACACGGGCACCGCGAUGCCCCUGUGGGAGCGAAGGGCAUGCCUCAGGGAAAACUACUUUUUCACAUGCGAAUGUAAGCGCUGCGAGGAUCCCAACGAGUUGGACACCGACUUCUCCAACCCGAAGUGCUUAGAGUGCGGCAACGUGAUCAUGAAGCCCCACACGCCGAGAAGUCAGAGCAGCGAGUGA